ACACUGUGUGGCCCAAUGGAAGAUUCAGGUUUACAACUCUUGGCUAAACCUGCCGCUGCGUCCUUCCCGAGGAGCGCGGGGCGUGUCUCGGAGACGCGAGGGCGGGGUUUGCGGCACAGCCUCCCUCUAAUGGAGACAGGUUGUUUCCAGACCGCGAUGGCUAUGGGUCUAACGUCGAAAAAAUCGUCUUCUAGGAACGUCGGGGUGGAGCGCAAGAACCUCAUCACUGUGUGCAGGUUUUCGGUCAAGACCCUACUGGAGAAGUACACAGCCGAGCCCAUUGAUGACUCAUCAGAGGAGUUUAUUAAUUUUGCAGCCAUUUUGGAGCACAUACUCAGUCACCGCUUCAAAGGUCCGGGGGGCUGGUUCAGCUCGGAUGGCCAGAGGAGCUUCUGGGAUUAUGUGCGUGUGGCCUGCAGCAAAGUUCACAACAACUGCAUCAGCAGCAUUGAGAACAUUGAGAACAUCAGCACGUCCCGGGCCAAGGGCCGGGCAUGGAUCCGUAUGGCUCUCAUGGAGAAGCGCUUGUCUGAGUACAUCGCCACCGCGUUACGGGACACGCGGACGACAAGGAGGUUUUAUGAUGAUGGGGCUAUCAUGCUUCGCGAGGAAGCUACAGUGCUGACAGGAAUGCUGAUUGGACUCAGUGCCAUUGACUUCAGUUUCUGUUUGAAGGGAGAGGUACUGGAUGGGAAGACACCUGCUGUGAUUGAUUACACACCAUACCUGAAGUUUACCCAGAGCUAUGACUACCUGAGUGAUGAGGAGGAGCGGCGCAGCGUGGACAGCAGUGCAAGUGAGGAUAGCAUGACUGAGCAUCCUUACCUUCCACUGCUCACUGACGAGGAGAGCUGGAGCACCAAGUGUCGCAAGAUGGAGCAAAGGUUCAAGAUCGUCUACGCACAGAAGGGUUAUCUGGAGGAGUUGGUCCGGUUGCGAGAGUCCCAGCUGAAGAAUGUGGAAACAGAAAAUAAGCGACUUAAUGUCAAACUGGAGGAUUUGCAGGUCCAAAACCAACAGGAGAAGAAAGAGCUGGAAGCUAUUAUACUGGAGCUCCAGGCACAACUGACUGGUGUUAUUCCAUGUGAACCAGCCCAUUUGCCAAAAGAUCUGUCAGUCUCGUUAGUCAGCCAGUGGCCAUCCACACAGGCUCCUGGCAAGCAAGGGGGUGUGCAGCUUUUCCGCCGGAGAAGUUUUCACAGUUUGAACUUCUCCAGCGAGGCCAGUCUGAGCUCAAAAGAUUCCCUCAAAAGAGGUGAGAAGCAAAAUGGAGACACCGUCUGGUGUUCAGCAGCUAAAGACACCACUCCAUCUAUGCUGGGCCUGUGUGGUUCUCUUGCGUCUUCGCCCAGCUGUAAGUCCCUGGCCAGUCUCAAGUCCAGCGAGUGUUUGGUCAACAUCAGCACUGAGCCUAGCCCUGCCCUCUCCCCCAGCUAGGAGGCGCCAGAUCUUAGCUUGGCUAAUGAUGAGAAACAUCACCCCACAUCCUCAUUCAAUCUCAUUUACUCAGAUCAUAACAAAGCCGUUACAGGAGGAAUAAGGCAUAGUUAAGAAAGAAUCUGGCUGUUCUGGAGAUGGAUCCCUUUCUCAGUUUGUUUGUUUUUUCCCCAUUCAAUGAGAGAGUGUUGAGUUUUGAUGUGAAUGGUCAUGGAACACCAUCCCAAUGUCUACGGAAUGUAAUCUAAUUCCAUAUAAUGAAUUCCACAUAAAGUCUAGACAUCUUUUUCCAUCUCCUCCGCUUGGAUUGAUCAUAUGGCGAGUGAGAAUGUCUGAAAAAUGAAUUUGUGCUUGUCUGCAUGAAACCUGAUCCCCAUCCAGAAUGAUGGUAAAUGUCCUCAAUGACCCGAUGUGCUUGUGCCAACAACAGUUAUGCCUGGUGUUGUGUGUAUGUGAGUUUGGGCAGCUGAAACCUACACCUCCUAUAGAUCUUUUGUUUGUAAAGCUUUGAUUGGCCUGAAGAGUUGUGCUGCUUUGUUUAUACAUUUGGUUCUGUUUUGUCAGUGCUUUUUGUCCUCUUUGGCAAUAAAAUGGACCUCCUUUGGAUUAUAUUA